CUCUGCGCCCCUGCCCCGCUCGGCCGGCCCGGGGGGCAGCGGGCCGGGGGGGAUGCACCAGCGGGAGCCCGGCCGGGGGCCAUGGAGGGCGGCGAGGCGGCGGGCGGCCCGGGGCGGCCGCUGAGCGACGCGGAGCUGGCGGCGCUGGCCAAGGAGGAGCUGGUGCGGCGGCUGCGGCAGGAGGAGGCGGAGAAGCUGGCGGCGCUGGUGCAGCGCGGCCGCCUCAUGCAGGAGGUCAACCGGCAGCUGCAGAGCCACCUGGGCGAGAUCCGCGAGCUCAAGCAGGUCAACCGGCGGCUGCAGGACGAGAACCGCGAGCUGCGCGACCUCUGCUGCUUCCUGGACCACGAGCGCCAGAAGGGCCGCCGCGUGGCCCGCGAGUGGCAGCUCUUCGGGGCGCACGCGUCCCGGGCCGUCCGCGACGAGCUGGCCGGCUGCUGGCAGAAGCUGGCGCAGCUCGAGGGCCGCCAGGACGAGCUGCUGCGGGAGAACCUGGCGCUCAAGGAGCUCUGCCUGGCGCUGGAGGAGGAGUGGGGCCCGCGGCCGGCGCCCGGGGCCGGGGCAGCCUCUGCCGCAGCCGCCGCGGCGGCAGCAGCAGCAGCAGCAGCAGCAGGAGGAGGAGGUGGAGGAGGAGGAGCUGAGGCCGGGGCCGAGUCUGGAGGAGAUCCAGGAGGCCCCGGCCCCGACGGCCCGGGUGGUCCCGGACCCGAGCUGGGGCUGCCCCCGUGCGGGGCCCGGGACGUGGGAGACGGCAGCUCGAGCACGGGCAGUGUGGGCAGCCCGGACCAGCUGCACCUGGCCUGCUCUCCGGACGACUGAGCGAGCCCCUCAGCCCCUUAUCCUGCCCAGCUGGGAAGCGGCCCCUGGGUGCCAGCCCCUGCUAAGUCCGGGCGGGGCCCCCCCGCGGCCCCAGCUCUGUCCAGCCCGGACGCGCCCUUGCCCUUGGGCAAUAAAACUGCAAGAGAUCCCA